AUGAACUUUCCUGCUUCAUUAAUCUCGGUAGCUGCUCCUGUUGUGGCACUAUUGCUGAAAGGAAAGGUUAUAAAACGAAUUGCAGCCGGUGUUGGUUUGAUGUCUAAAGAAAACUAUGACGAUAUUCUUAAAAAAGACUUCGAUGCUUUGAAGACAAUACUCGGCGAGCAGAAGUUCUUGUUCGGAGACAGCAUUUCUGCGACAGACUGCACCGUUUUUGGGCACUUGGCCACUACGCUCUAUGUCCCAACUGCUAACCAUGCCAAGGAUCUCUUGAAGGAGCAAUAUCCAACAUUAGUAGAGUAUAUCAACAGAAUGAAAGAUUCAGUCUUUGGAAAAGAGUUCACCCUGGAGUGA